AGGAGAAACAAUCCGCACUCCCAGGACCCUGCAACGAGCAGAGCCCCGGUGACGCACACGGGGAGCGAGCGAGAGACGGUGACCCCCCUCCCCAGUCGACAGACAGCUCUCUCGCGGCACCACACGCACGGCCAGGCACGCCGACUCAACCAGUCACAGACCCGCAAGCGAGAUUACGCAUUCAAAUAUUUUUUUAUUAUAUACAAACAACAACAACAACCCCAUUCACGUAUUACGCCGGUCUCUGUCAACGACACAGAUCGCGAGAGUCGGGGUCACUCGCGGACCAACUCGGGGUCACGAGGAACAACUCGGGGUCACGAGGAACAACUCGGGGUCACGAGGAACAACUCGGGGUCACUCGCGGACCAACUCGGGGUCACGAGGAACAACUCGGGGUCACGAGGAACAACUCGGGGUCACGAGGAACAACUCGGGGUCACUCGCGGACCAACUCGGGGUCACUCGCGGACCAACUCGGGGUCACUCGCGGACCAACUCGGGGUCACGAGGAACAACUCGGGGUCACGAGGAACAACUCGGGGUGACGAGGAACAACUCGGGGUCACGAGGAACAACUCGGGGUCACUCGCGGACCAACUCGGGGUCACGAGGAACAACUCGGGGUCACGAGGAACAACUCGGGGUCACGAGGAACAACUCGGGGUCACUCGCGGAACAACUCGGGGUCACGAGGAACAACUCGGGGUCACGAGGAACUCGCGGAGCUAUGCGGAGCCCCGCGCUCGUGCCGUCGGUGGUCACCGUCCUCCUCCUCCUCGUCUGUGAGCCCCGCUUCGGGGACGCGUGGGGGUUCAGGAACGGGAUCUGGCACAACUCCAUCUGGCUCGAGAGCGCUGCGGGUGUGUACCACCGCGAGGCGCGGCAGGGCCGCUACCGCCUCUCGUUCCGCGAGGCGCGCGCCGUCUGCCGCUUCGAGGGCGGGGACCUCGCCACGGUGGAGCAGCUCCGCACGGCGCAGAGGGCCGGCCUGCACAACUGCGUGGCUGGCUGGCUGGCGGGGGCCCGCGUCGGUUACCCCAUCGUGAAGCCCAGCCACAACUGCGGCUUCGGCGUCAAGGGCGUCGUGGAGUACGGGGUUCGCAUCGACAAGGAGGAGCGGUGGGACGCCUACUGCUUCAACCCCAAGGGCAAGCAGUGCGGAGGCAUCUUCACGGAGCAGCAGAGGGACUUCACGUCACCAGACUACCCGGCCUACCGCGACAGAAGCAUCUGCUACUGGCACAUUCGCGUGCCCUACGGCAGCCGCGUGGUCAUCUCGUUCAGCGACUUCAGCGUGGAGGAGGACGCCGUGGCGUGCCUCGCCGACUUCCUCGAGGUCUACGACAGCUACGACGACGUCUCGGGACUCGUGGGCAGGUUCUGUGGCAGCGAGUUACCCGAAGAUAUCGUCAGCACAAGUAACGUGAUGACCCUAAAGUUCCGAUCGGAUUCGUCUGUGACCGACCGUGGCUUCGUGGCGCAUUACCGCGUUCUGAAGCCUCCACGGCCAAGUUCGCUCCCGGGUGCCACUCCUACACCGUGGGAACCCAGGCACAACUACAACGACUACAACCACAAACACAACAACAAGUCGAAUAGCAGCAGCAGCGUCAACAACACUGCUCAUAUCAACAGAGGUGGCGACAACAUCAACGGUAGCAGCAACAGCAGUCGCAGCAACUACGGCGGAGAGACGAUCAACAACAGCAGCAGCAGUAGCAGCAGCGUCAACAACAACAGCCGUAGCAGCAGCGUCAACAACAACAGCCGUAGCAGCAGCGUCAACAACAGCAGUAGCAGCAGCGUCAACAACAACAGCAGUAGCAGCAGCAGCACCAAUGGCAAUGCUUAGUGUUGUUCUGUGUGAUCCUUCUUCGUGUGCUCUGAAGAAGGCCCAUUGCCCGGAACGUCGCCGAUUAUAUCUUGUUAUUCCGUUUUAAGGCCACAGUGUAAUUGCCGAAUGCGUCGAGUUGUACGUCUUGUCCACCAGGUAGUUUAGAAUCAUCGUCAGACGCGUACAUAGGUGUGUGUGUGUCUCUCGUUAGAGAUGUACACAGACAUACACACGUGUACAAUUAUACACAUACACGUGUGUGUGCCUGCAUGCGGUCUACACACACGUGUACACAUCAGCAGGACAACACAAGGGUGUAUACAUAUGCAAAUGUUCACAUGUAUAGUUUACACAUACACACAAGCAAUCUGGCAUAUGCGAAUAUGCUUUCACGUGGGUGCACACAAAUAUUCCUAUACCUGUAUAUAUUCGAUGUUUUAAAAACUACAGUAUACACAUAGCCAUACAGGUAUAACAUGCGCGGCUGCACACACACGUGUGUGCACAUAUAAGUACACACGUGCAGAUAUGUGCGUAUGCACAUACAUACAAAUAAUGUACACUUAUAUUUUACUUGUACGUGUGAAAUCACACUUAAAUAGGCGUAUAUCCAAAUACAUAGAAACACAUAUAGAGGGUGUAUAUAUGAUGCAUAUAUAUGUAUGUGUAUGCAUCAACACAGCCAGCGGUAGCGCGUUCGCCGCUUGUCGCAGAGGUUCGCGGUUGGAAUCUGGCAGGCAGCCCUGGUCAACACUUCAGGUGUGUUAACACUUCAGAUGUCUUAACCAGAACAUAGUGCGCGCUGUCUGAACUGACUCAGUUGGGAUCACACACAGCACCAAUCAUCCCCCCCGCAGACUGAUGUCCGCUAGCAGGCCACGUGCUGCGUGACCAGUGUGUGCCGCAUAGGGACAGCUGCCACUGGGGGUGCCCUAGGCAAGACCACGAAGCGAUCAUCGUGGCCUGCGAGCAGACUAAAAGCUGCUCGCAGGCCACGUGCUGCAUGGGGGCGGGGGGUUCCCCUUUAAAACGUGUCGACACACGAGUGUGUGAGAUGUGAGUUGGCGUGAGACGCCACGGCGAACAGGAAUGGGCGCUCCGUCUACAACAAGUCCGUGUCAUUUGGCAAUGCAAUGUGGCCAUUGUGUUACGAGCGGCGUCACAUUCCAAGUUUCAAAACAUUGCCCUCAAACUGCUCACAUUGGGAUUACGCAACGCGACAACCUCGCAACUACUUGGUUUAUUAACACGUAGCAGCAGGCUUCCGCGACCAAUACCAAUUAUUUACGCGAUCUAACCCCCCAAAAACCCCCUCUAUUAUGGGUGUACAGCUCCUGCAGGCACACCGAAGUGACGCCUACAAACAUCUGAUACCGUGACGUCGAAGCGCGCCCCCCCCCCCAAAGCGCGGGGCCUGGGGCGGCGGUCGCCAUCGCUUCGCCGUGCACCCCGAGGAGACGGCGCCGAUGGCGCGAACACGAAAAGGCACUCAAAGGAACCGCGCGCAUCACAGCACACGAUUCGAGCGCUCCCACGCGGUGAUCGACGACCGGGGUGUUGCGCUACGCCGCGUUCCUGGUGAUUUAGCCGAAGGCAAUUCGCGUGUGCAGAUGCUUCCAAUCAGGUGAGGUACGUGUGACGUGUUUAUGACGCCACGCGUAGCCCCCGUUGUACACGCAACGCAUGCAUACGGACACGCGCGCGCGUGCGUGUGUGUGCCAUGCUGUUCACAACCGAGGACCGCGUGCAGUGUAACUAUAGUAUACAUAUAUCGCAUGUACACAAUUUGUACUAAGACAUGGCAGAUUGUGUUCCACAAUUGGCUUGUUUUGGAUUUGAUCGUGUACAGAGGUUUGUCGUAAACCCUCUCCAACCCAACAGAGGCGAUUAAUAAUGCAAGUGUCACGUGCAUCAGACGUUGCCAAAUCUAUGACUGCUUGAGCAGCAGCAGCAGCGGCGGUGUUGAUGUUGGGAGAGGAAUCUCACAACAUGCACGUUGGUGCGCGAUCUGAGCUCCUGUUCACGACCUCACGAUUCUUAAUGUGAUAUCCAACGACACGUCGUUACCCUAACCACGUGAAUGUUGUGCCGCAGUGCAUUGGGUCUGGCCACGCUUGAUUUUACGUGACACUUGCAAUUAUUAAUUGGCUGCGUUGGGUGGAGGAGUGCUUACGACACACCGUUUUUUGUUAUUUUAUUUACACGACGACCUAACCCAUACGAAAACCGAUUAUGAAUCGUAUCGGUCGUGAAAGCCUACGUUUAUAUAUGUACACACACAAAAAGUGGCCAGAUUGUGUUCUUUGCGUGCAUGUUGCGUGAAUUCAUUCCGUAGCAGCUGACGCGGUGAACGCACGCGUCGGUGGUGCGAAACAAGCCACGGACAUAGAUUCUUAUUUUUUAGACGACCCGGGGGUAAUUGUUCAGGAGCAUGUUGACAUUGGCCAUGUGCGCAGAGCUCUCUCUCAGCCAGCCCGUGAUUAGAACUGGACUAUUCUCGAGUGUGACGGAGUCCAUGGGCCUCUCUGCCCCUUCUCGAACCGACGCCAGGACCCGCCGGUCGCUACUCAGUGACGGCGACGUCACCACGGCGCCUGUGCCAGGCUAGGUGCACGCUGAGGCCACGUCAAGUGUCGGAGGCUUGCGGGCAGGAGGUCACGGGACAGACUCGGAUGCGAUGGUUUAACUGAUUUGAGAUGAAUGGCAGAUGCACAAGCUGUACCACCGACUGUGCCAACUUUACCGAGAUGACUGGCAGAUGUACCCUGCACUGUGCCCCUGAACGAACGACCCCACACCCACACACAUCGAACGUAUUAAACAUUCAGGUUGUCACUUAAACUCGGCGUGAUUUCAACUCUUGCGUACCUAAAAUGUUUUCAUUCGAGCGCCAUGAUGACCGCACACAGCAGGGAAAAUAAAAGGCGUACUUGUC